GGCCAUCGAAUUCACUCUUCUGUCUGGCUGGGCAGGUGCUGGAGUUCCAGCAGCAGUAGGGGGGUUAGCCAUGGUAGCUGUAGAGGCCAAAAACACACCAAAAAUACAGCAAAAAGCAAGCCGCUGAAGUGUUUUGAGGACUGGGACUGGCGUCCACGUCAUUGGUGACAUCACGGCCAAGUAGGGCGUGAGGAAACUGACCAAAGAUACUGGCUGUUAAUUUAUAUUUUAUACAAUAACUGAACCAGCAAGCCAAUGAAGAGUUUGGAUAAGUACCAGCCAGUGGCAGUUUAAAGAAGUUGUGAAUCACACUGAUGCCUUCAACAUGGAGGCCAGUACUAGACACAAGAUGUUGCUGAUAGCAGCUUGGAUGCUAGGUGGUCUCAUGCAUAAGUCUGUGGCAGAAGUGAUAAUUAUUUCAACACUCAGCAAUAAAACUCGUAUUGUUGUUGGGGAUCUUCCUGCUUUGUUUGGACCACCUAUUCCUCGUGCAGGCUUCACGGGUUAUGCAAAUUAUGUGUUGCCUCAUGAUGCCUGCAAUACUACACAUCCACCACCCAAGUUCAAGAAUUAUACUGGACCAUGGAUUGGAAUUGUGAAGAGGUGCAACUGCUCUUUUGUUGACAAAGUGCUCAACGCACAGCGUAGUGGUUAUGAUGCUGUUAUAGUUCACAACGUUGGAUCAAAUUUCUUACGUUCACUUUGGAGAUAACUGAUGACUAUCCCUUCAACCUACAAAACUACUUGGUACCCUUUGCGAUCACCAUAGGCAUCUGCUUCAUAGUCAUACUUACAUUUAUGAUCGUAAAGUGUGUGCGUGAUUACCGCCGUUCUCGCCGUCAUCGACUGUCAUCUAGGGCACUGAAGAAACUGCCAGUUCAUAAAUUCAAGAAAGGUGACCCUUAUGAAUGUUGUGCCAUUUGUCUAGAGGACUACGCAGAUAAUGAUAAGCUGCGUAUACUGCCUUGUGAACAUGCUUACCACACAAAGUGCAUUGACCCGUGGUUGACAAAAAAUCGACGAGUGUGUCCUGUUUGUAAGCGAAAAGUAUUUACGGGGGACGAGAGACCCUCCGAUCUGGAAACAGAUUCGGAGGAUGAAAGUAGCCCCCUCAUCAACUCUGAUGGUGGUACACAGGGAGGCACCUUCCAGAAUCAGAGGGAGAAUCCAUUUCAAGAAGCUGAGCGUAUGGCAGAGGAGCGAAGGAGAAGACGAAGACAAAGAAGAAAUGUGUCUCAUAAUGUGGAAUGUGGUCCAGAAGGUUACCAGCGCUUGGCAGAAUCCACUGAUGAUGAGGAUGAGGAUGAGGAAGAGGAGGACAAGGAGUGUUCAGGAGUAGGAAACAAAAUUCAAGACACAGAGCACAAAACAGUGGUGGAAAAAGCUGCUUCAUGUGAUGUAGAAAGUGGAGGUGGUGAGUCUGUUCAGUCGCCAGAAGAACCUCCAGCCACCGUCGAUGCCAUUGUUCAUGACUCCACCAGACCUGCCUUAACAGAUACAUCAAGUUUGUCGAGCAACAAUAGUGCAUCCUCCCAUGGCAUUCCUCCAGGCCCUGUGCAAAUUGCUGUUGAUGUUGUUAACUCACCUCCGCCAGGUUCCUUGCCAGUGCCACAGCCUUCCCUCUCAACUGAAGGUGCAGGAGCUGAGCGAGAUUAUGUAGUUUAAAAUAGAUCAUGUGAAAGAAAAGAUCUGAAUUGAUCAUGUCAAGAUUAGUAUCUUUGGUCUUGUUUUUCAUUUCAAUUCCUUGAGAAAACUUAAAUUUAACAAUUUUUGAAUGUAUACAUUGUAAGUAACAGUUACAUAUUAGCCAUAAUAGGAAUUUGCAUUUUGUACGGUUUGUUUUGGGCUGAGAGAGAGUUGCAAAAUUCUCAAGUGACAUUGUGGAAAUGUUAAGAUAUGUUUUGAAGCUUGGUUAUCUUCGUAAAGAUUUUUUUAUACUGUACAUGUAUCUACUGGAUAUGGUACAAGUAAUAGACAAAAAUUACAUGCUAAUGUUAGUGAAAUCAUUUGUUGAUCCAAUAAUUUAGGUAUUAUUCACAAGUACAGCGUAUUAUUAUUAUUGAAUGUGAAAUUUUUUAUCAGUAAAGCAAGCAGACAAAACAAAUCUCCCUUAUACCAAUUACUACAUAGGUCUUGGUUACAUUUUGAACCCUCACAAAGCCAUAUAUAAUUUUCUUCAGUGUGACAUAAGAAUUAUGCCAGUAGAUUAAUACUAGUGGUUACUGCUGUAUAUCACUACAGUACAAUGUCGGACAUUAUUGGAAUUUUAAGUACUCAGAAAUAUGAAGUAAGAGCUAAACAUCUCUUUCAUCAGCUUCAGUUUUCAGUGUCAAUAUUUUUAUCCCAUGUUGGUUGUGAGGUCAGUAGUUCCUACCUCAUUAACAUGCAAACACCAUCUUAGGCCAAAGCCUUUCGUGGUAUACUCUGCCUUGUCUGUUAGGAAUCCCUUGAAAUACAUUAUGCAUAACUUUCUUAUUCAAUAGACACCAUAAAGUGUAAAGUUGUAACAAAAACACCAUAAACUUGAUAAGCUAAGUAUUGUACUCUGUAUGUUGGUCAAUCAUGAAUUUAUAUAUUUAUUCACUUGAUUAUUUUUAGAGUAAUUCUUUUACUUAAAGAAUAAUCCAUUGUCUAAUCGCAGUUACUUAUUGUACAUUUGAAAUGCAUAACAGUUUUGGAUUUUUUUUCUCCAAAAUCCACCAUAACAUUUAAUUUCCAUCCACUGCUUAAAACAAUUUAUUUGUGAAAUAAAAAUCAUACAGUAUCUUUCAGCAGUUUUCAGAAGGUGUGAUAUGUUUUACUUGUCUCAAGGUCCUGUUCACAAGUUCAUGUUAUUUUUUGUAAAUAUUAUAAAGUAAGGAAUUUUAUAAUUGAUAUAAGAAAAUCAUUGAUGUGGAAAUAGGGUAAAACAUAGGUUACAGAUGAUAAAGCGACUUAUAUCCAGGUUAUGCAGGAUUUAAAGUGCCAUUACACUCACACACACUC